GUUGAGGGUGUGAGUGUGUGUUUUCUUGAAUGUGGAUCGAGGCUCUCUUUGUCUCCUGUAAUAGCAAUCAACUUCUUCUUACCGAUCACGUUUCCUACCCAAUAUUAGAUAGUUGGCGAAAUGGCAGGCCAGAGCCAGCGUAUGAAUGUGGUUCCUACUGUUACGGUGCUUGCAGUUAUUAAAGCUCGCUUGAUUGGUGCCACGAGAGGCCAUGCUCUUCUCAAGAAGAAGAGUGAUGCCUUGACAGUGCAGUUCCGUCAGAUAUUAAAGAAAAUUGUGGCAACAAAAGAAUCAAUGGGGACUAUUAUGAAAUCUUCCGCCUUUGCUCUGACAGAAGCCAAGUAUGUUGCUGGUGAGAACAUUAAGCAUGUUGUCCUUGAAAAUGUUCAGAGUGCAUCUGUUAAGGUUCGAUCUCGUCAGGAAAAUGUGGCUGGCGUGAAGCUUCCCAGGUUCGAGCAUUUCUCUGAAGGAGAAACAAAGAACGACUUGACUGGAUUAGCAAGAGGUGGACAGCAAGUGCAAGCCUGUCGCGGUGCUUAUGUGAAAGCCAUUGAAGUUCUUGUCGAGCUUGCUUCUCUUCAAACAUCGUUUCUGACACUUGAUGUUGCCAUCAAGACCACGAACCGUAGGGUUAAUGCAUUGGAAAGUGUUGUGAAGCCCAAAUUGGAGAACACCAUAACUUACAUAAAAGGGGAGCUGGAUGAGUUGGAAAGAGAGGAUUUCUUUAGACUGAAGAAGAUACAGGCUUACAAGAAGAGGGAGAUUGAAAACAAACUUAAGGCUGCAAGGCAGCUUGCAAAUGAACAGGUUUCGUCGCAGACAGGAAUCUCAACUAAAUCUUCCUCUAAUAUGUUAUCUGCAGCUACGCAGAAAGACGAGGAUAUCAUUUUCUGAUGGCGGAGGUUAGCUUAAUUAGUACUCUAAUAAUAUGCAAAAUAAAUUCUCUCUGACUGUUGGUUCUGCUUCUUGUUCAGGGACAUUACUUCUGUUUAGAAUAAAUGAUAGCUUCUGUGUGCUGCUGCAGCAAAACACUCCACAUAGGAUUUUUGCUAAAUAACACUCCAAAUAGUUGAGUAGCUCAUUCAUGUCAAAUUGGUCGGAUGUUAGUUUUUAAAGAUAAUCUAUGUUUACUAGCU